UCUGCUAUCAGCGCGCGCAGACAGCUCGAAGCAACUCCAAUGGAAAAACGGAGAGGCGCGUGUUUCACAGCUCUGGGAAUGAAAUCGGUCCUGAACGCAAAGGAGAAAAGGUGGAAAAGUUGGCGCUUUCUCUGAUCAAAUUGCAUGAGACUUCAUCUGAUCUCAAGAAAGUUUGAAAAAAAGAAGAAGAAAAAAAAAAAAGAAGAAGAAGAGUGAGAGGUCUUCCAGUGCUCUCUAAACCUGCCGUCUGGCUUGGAUUAUUUCUGCUGCGGUUGCCAGCUCGCGGGGAAUACUUUUAUAUGGCACACGCUAAUAUCCGGGCAGAUAUAUGAUAUGCGUCCGUGCAUCACCAACACGGUGCUCUACAUCUGUUCAACUAUCAGAAAUCCUAACUUCAACAGGUCCCCGCAGACUUAAACGUUCUUUGCACUCAUUACCUACAAAACAGAAUUGUGUUUUCAUAUCAUUGCUGGGGGACACGUUAAACUAUGUUUGGCUUCAGUAAAGUUCUUGGGUCUCCCCGGAUUCUCAACAGAUCUGCCGCUGCUCCCGGAGGCCCAGGAUUAAGACAUAUAAUCAGAAAAGGUUCAUGCUCACCCUGCGGUACCCGUGCCUCCUCCCGGUUGUGUUGCGCGCUCAUAUUCCUCCUACUCAUCCUCACACCGCGCGUGGACUCGUCCUGGUGGUAUAUUGGUGCCCUUGGGGCCCGUGUAAUCUGUGACAAUAUUCCUGGGCUGGUGAAUAAACAGAGACAGUUGUGUCAGAAAUAUCCAGACAUCAUGCAGUCGAUCGGGGGCGGAGCUAAAGAGUGGAUUCGAGAGUGCCAGCAUCAGUUCCGCUAUCAUCGCUGGAACUGCAGCGCCUUGGAGAGAGACCAUACUGUAUUUGGGAGAGUCAUACAACGCAGCAGCCGUGAGGCGGCAUUCGUAUAUGCAAUCUCCUCAGCGGGAGUGGUUUUUGCGAUUACCCAUGCCUGCAGUCAGGGGGAGCUGAAAACAUGCAACUGUGAUCCACACAAGCGCGGCCGGGCCAGUGAUGAACGAGGGGAUUUUGAUUGGGGAGGCUGCAGUGAUAACAUCAACUAUGGGAUAAAGUUCGCCAAAGCCUUUGUAGAUGCAAAAGAGCGAACUGUGAAGGAUGCACGUGCCCUCAUGAACCUUCACAACAAUCGCUGUGGGAGAAUGGCUGUAAAGCGCUUUAUGAAACUGGAGUGUAAGUGUCAUGGAGUCAGUGGGUCGUGCGCUCUGAGAACGUGCUGGUUGGCAAUGUCGGAUUUCCGUAAAACGGGAGAUUACCUCCGCAAGAAAUACAAUGGAGCCAUCGAGGUCACCAUGAACCAAGAUGGGACAGGAUUCACUGUGGCCAACAAAGACUUCAGGAAAGCCACCAAAAAUGACCUAGUUUACUUUGAGAACUCUCCUGAUUAUUGCCUCAUGGACAAAGCUGCAGGUUCAUUGGGUACAGCCGGUCGGGUCUGUAACAAGACAUCCCGGGGCACUGACGGCUGUGAGGUCAUGUGUUGUGGGAGGGGCUACGACACCACACCUGUAAAACGCAUUACCAAGUGUGAGUGCAAGUUCAAGUGGUGUUGCGCCGUAGAGUGCAAAGACUGCGAGGAGUCCGUUGACAUUCACACCUGCAAACCUCCUAAACGUGCUGAAUGGCUGGACCAGACCUGAGACACGCCCACUUCCUCUAGUUCCUCUGAAUUUUGUCCACAGCAUUUUCGGAUAUGAAGUCUAUCCCUUGUGAGUUUUCCCCCCAAUCCCUCAUCUUCGAUACAUGGCUUUAUUUGAACUGUUUUUGUGAAAGCACUACAAAUGAAAUCUACAGUUCUUUUCCCAUGAGCUGCUUGCACACUAUGCCCGAUAUGGCAGAUUUGACUCUCUUUCCUCCUCUCUCUUGGUUUGUUUUGAAUUGAUCAGAGGAUGGUAAUGGAUUCAAGAUUCAAGAACAACCUGUGCUGUAACUUGUUGAUGUAUUUUUUGUUGUGUUGAGUGUUCUCAUUAUGUUCAAUGAGUGGUUAUGUGACAAAAAGUGUGCUGCUUUAAAAAUUAUAUUUUAAACUGCCUCUGAGCCUAUAAGAUAUUAUCAUGGCUAAUAGCUGAAUAUGUACAUCAUGUUAUUAAAAAUGCCACUGUGUACUAAACAUACAUCACAUGCCCGUACUGAACAGUAUGUUACUCACAUUAGUACUGAAUAUUACAGAAUGAAUGAGGUUCAGUCAACAAAAUGGAUAACAGCUCUGUGGGCUGUUCACUCCACAUGGAGCCCUGACUGAGAUCUUCGCUGGAAGCUACAGAGGACUUUGAAAUGUUAAUAAUAUAAAUGAGACUGCACUUAGGACAGUUCAGUAAAAAUGACAUGCUAUUAUAAAAGUCAUCCUUACAAGUAUUCAUGAAUAAAUCUAUUAACAGCUGUGACUGGUAGAGGUGUAAGCUCUCUUUUACUUUCCUCUGCUGUGGUAUGUGUUAACUGUGUUAUAAUUUUUUCAGCAAAAGUUCAUAU